CUGCGAACACACACACACACUGCAGUACUGUUGUGUAAAAUGUUAUACAUCAAAUAACAACGAUUGGUCACCAUCGAAUAUGAACUCACGUAGGAGGGAGAGGUGGUCCAAUAGAAGGUUGUUCCUUCCUCAGGUAGCUCUAUCUGGUUUCCUGGCUGUGGAUUGGAUGCUUCAGGUGAAACCCGAGAGGCUUUAAUCAGCACACCUGUCGGCCACGCCCCUCUUUGUCCCUUGUAGUUUCGGUUGGGCUCGUGUGGGGAAAAUGGCAGCAACAACUAUUUCUAUUGAACAAGACCAGUUUUGCUGUUCGGUGUGCCUGGAGGUGUUAAGAGACCCGGUGACGAUCCCGUGUGGGCACAGCUACUGUCUGGACUGCAUUGAAGACUACUGGAACAGGGCCAAGCAGAAAGGCCAGUACAGCUGCCCGCAGUGCAGGCAGGUGUUCAACCCGAGACCGCUGCUGAGUAGGAACACAGUUCUGGGGGAAGUGGUGGAAAAGUUUCUACAGUCUGGAGUUCAAGCCGCGGCUCAGACCGUGGCCAAGCCGGAGGAAGCGAAAUGCAGUGUUUGCACAGUGAGGCAAAGCAAAGCUGUUAAAGCCUGCCUUGUGUGCUCGGAGUCUUACUGUGCGCCUCACUUGAGAGUCCACGAGGACCGCUUUCGGGGGAAGACCCAUAAAUUGAUUCCCGCUGUGGAACAGCUGAGGCAGAAGUUGUGCCCGCACCACGAUAAAGCAUUGAGGCUGUACUGUCGCACUGACCAGCAGUGUGUGUGCUCCCAGUGUGCUCAAGAGAGACACAAGGGCCAUGACGCAGUCUCAGUGGCGGAUGAGAGAGCGACACACCAGAAAAAACUCCAAGAUGCCUCUUUGAAGUCUGUGCAGAAAUUGAAGGACACGGAGAAGGAACUUAGAUACGCUGUCCGAUACAUCAAGCACUCCACAGAAGCCGUGGUGGAGGAGAGCGAGAGGGUUUUCUCCAAGCUGAUCCGCUCCAUAGAGAAACAAAGCAGUGAGGUGAGGGAGGUGAUGAGAGUCCAGGAGAGAGCAGCCGUGGGGCGGGCGGAGGAGCUGCUGGAGAAGAUCCAGAGGGAGAUCGUGGAGCUCAGAAGGACCGAUGCUGAGCUGGAGAAGAUUUCCCGUACCGAGGACCAUGUGCACUUCUUUCAGAAGUGCAAGACUCUUCAGUUCCCUGCAAAGACUGUGGAGCUGCCCAGCACUGACGUGCUUCAAUACAUGAUGUAUAAAACUAUGAGAGGCGCCCUGGCUGAUCUCAAAGACAGUCUGGAUGAAAGCCUUGAAAGAGAAUUCAACAGGAUCUCUGAUAAAGUAAUUUCAUUGAAGGAAACCAGCAUUCAAAGUACUUCUGAAAAGACUAAAGCAAAAGACACCAACAUACCAUACAUCUCAGAACCAAAGACCAGAGCGGAUUUUCUACAAUAUUACAACGAUUUAGUCCUGGACCCGAACACAGCCAACCCUUAUCUAAGCUUCUCUGAUGGUCGAAGAGGGGUGACCACACGGUCAGAGCCACAGCCCUACCCAGACCACCCCCAUCGCUUCACCAGCUGGGCCCAGGUGCUGGGCAGAGCUGGGAUGGCUGGGCGCUGCUACUGGGAGGUGGAGUGGGCUGGUAAUGGAGGGGUCUCCAUCGGCGUCUGCUACAAAAACAUGGGCAGGAGUGGAGCAGGGAGCGACAGCAAGCUCGGACACAACUCCAAAUCCUGGAGCCUGGACUGCUCUUCCUCAGUCUGUUCAUUUCAGCACAAUAAGGAGAGUGUGACUAUCAGUGCUGCCUGCUGCAGCAGGAUUGGAGUGUAUCUGGACUUUAGGGGUGGGACUUUGUCUUUCUAUAAUAUUGCUGAUACAAUGGUUUUACUCCAUAAAGUCAAGACCACAUUUAGCCAGCCUGUGUACCCAGGGUUCUGGGUGGGUUUGAGCUCUACUUUGAGGCUGUGCUCUCUUUAAAUGUACAGAUGAGUGCACUCCAACAGUUCUCAAGCAGCUUCAAAAUAUUAUCGUUUGACUGAUAAUGAAACUGAGAUGGAUGUUAGUGCUCAAAACGUAGCAUGUUAGGAAGCAUGCAAGCCAGGAGCAGCAGCACUAAGGUAGAGCAGUUCAGCAGUUUAUGACAUUAGGCGUUUUUGGUCCAAACUGUUCAGCCUGUAAAUGGCUGACGGGUUUUUAAAUGUCUGUAGGUGCUGAACUAUUUAAAAGUUCCUCCGCUCCGAAAACUCCAACACUAAACUUCUUGACGUACUAUACGAUAUUUUGAUUAAAUUGUUAUGACCUACUCUACCUUAUGGCAUAUCAGUGAAUUCUUUUUGUUGACAUUUUUUAGCACAAACUGACUUAUGAUAUAUUUAAAGACCUACUAUACCAAAACCUUUUUACAAGUUCUUUUGGACAUACUAUUGACAUUUAUAUACUUUUGACAUACUGUACUGACUUAUGACUUUUGAAAUAGACUUUCACAUCCUGUGUUAUCUUUGACAUGCUAUACAAUUACUUUUAUUUCGACAUACCCUACUGACUUUUUUCAGUAUUCAAUACUAUGACGUUUAUUACUUAUUUAUGAUUUUCUUUAACACGCUAUACUAUGAUGUUUUUUUCAACGUUAUAUUAGGACUUUAACAUGGUAUAUACUAUGGCUUUAACAUUCUAUAAUUGCCUUUGAGAAGCUGUGCUCUCUAAAGAUGACUGCACUCCAACGGUUCUCAAGUAAUCUUGCUAGUAUGGGGUUAAAAAAAAAAAAAUGUAUGUUUGACUUUAAAUAAUAAUUACACAGACAAUGGUUAAUGCUCAACUUUGCAUUUUAAUAAACGUGCAAGCCAGGAGCAGCAGCAACACCUUGGCUUAGAUCUUAUUGAAGGCAGCAACAUCUAUACUCUGGAUCUGCAAAGGAAGAAAAGUCCAAUAAGUUAAGGUUUAUAUUUAUUUGAGCGUAUUUAUGAGAUAUUGAGCAUUAAAUCUAUUUCAAUAAAAACUUUAUC